AUCUCGAAGUCGGCGGAAAUAGGCGCGGGAGAGCACCCAAUCAAGAUGCCGACGUCACGGCAGAAGUCGGGUAAGAAGAUCAGCGUGCUGUGGCUGAGGUGGAAGAGACGGGGCAUGGUGGAGAUUAUGUCUGGUCACAGACGCUGGACUCUCACCAACUGUGUCAGGAUCGGACUGGAGAAGGCCCUAGCUGACAGGACACACGUCAAACCAAUAGAGGAGCUGACAAAAGAUGACUACGAGGACAUCAGGUGCAAGAGACACACUGAGACAAUAGACAAGAAGUCACAGCAGUCUUUUGAGUUUGCCACGUACGCAGGGGAGGUUUUCGCCACUCUCCGUAACAUCAUCAACAUCUCCGAGGAUGAAUAUCUCAACUCCGUCACACCCAUGGCCAACAGGCGAUACCUGGAGUUCAUCAGCAACUCCAAAAGUGGCCAGGACUUCUUUCUUACGCCUGAUAAGAGAUUUAUGAUCAAGACUCAGACAAAAAAGGAGACUUAUUUCUUCCUUGAACAUCUCAGGACAUACGUAGAACAUUUCAAAAAGUACCCCCACACCCUGAUGGUCAAAUUCCUGGGCCUGCACAACAUCAAACUCAAGGGCAAGAAAAGGCUGUACUUCAUUGUCAUGCAGAGCAUCUUCUACCCAGAUGAGAGAAUACGUGAACGGUAUGACAUCAAAGCCUGCCAGGCAAGCAGAUAUGUUCUGCCAGAAAAGGAUGGCAGUCAGAUCAUUACAGUCUUAAAAGACAACAACUUUGGGGACAACAAGAUCAACCUAGGUAGCAACAGAGCAUGGUUCUUACAACAGGUGCAGGCUGACACAGAACUGCUGGAAGAGUUAGGUGUUCUAGACUACAGCUUACUGGUGGGGAUCACAGAGCUACACAGUGAUGAGAAAAACAGCCAAGACCUGGCCAGCCUAGUCCAGAGAGUUACCAAAUCCCUUCAUCAUGGAAGCCCUGAAAAGUCUGCCAACAACCCCAAAUCAGCUGGCAGCACCCUGCACGAGGAAAUCAGCCACUCCGCCGCGACCCUUCCUGUCAACGGCGUCAUGGGUUCGCUUCCCGGCAUGGUAGACUCGGUCGACGAACCUCCGCCCGACCCGAACGCCGGUACGGAACGCGAAACAGACCCCGGCGCGAAAAACAACAUGAUUCCGAACAUCCCAGGCCUAAACAGAAGACUUCUGCCCAACACACCAAACAGCUUACACAUCGUAGAUGGAGAGGAGUACAGAUAUUUCCUUGGUAUCAUCGACUUCUUCGUAACCUACGGCUUAAAGAAAAAGCUGGAAAACCUGUGGAAGAAGAUUCGUUUUCCUGGACAGUCCUUCUCCACCGUACCACCAGAGGAGUAUGCUGAACGGUUUAGAAAGUACAUGGCUGAACAUUCCGAAUGAUUUCCGAAAAAAUUUUCUUCUGAACUUUCAGUGAAAAGAAGUCACCUUCCAGUGAAAUUUAACACGCGAAAAGCCUUAAACUUCAGUAACCUCAGUCUGUAUAUUUAUACAAGUACACAAGAUGACAAAAAAGUUGCUGAUAUUGUGUUUAUUAAUAUGUGUUUGUACUCGACAAAUAUAUAUUUAUUGAAAGAGUGGCUAUGAUUGCAUCUACAUGUACAUGUAUGGUUGCCACUGUAAAGUUCAUGUGAUUGCAUCAAUCUCUGCACUUAAAGGGGCAUUAUGUAACGUUUUUGUACGAAAAAUUG